AUGACAUUUCAUCCAAAGACAUCACAUCCCAAGACAACUUAUCCCAAGACAACUCAUCCCCAAGACAUCUCAUCCCCAAGACAACUCUUCCCAAGACAACUCAUCCCAAGACAUCUCAUCACAAGACAUCCCAUCCAAAGACAUCCCAUCCCAAGACAAUUAUCCCAAGACAACUCAUCCCCAAGACAACUCAUCCCCAAGACAACUCAUCCCAAGACACCUUAUCCCAAGACCUAUCAUCCCCAAGACAUCUCAUCCCCAAGACAACUCUUCCCAAGACAACUCAUCCCAAGACAUCUCAUCCCAAGACAUCCCAUCCAAAGACAUCCCAUCCCAAGACAACUUAUCCAAAGACAACUCAUCCCCAAGACAACUCAUCCCCAAGUCAACUCAUCCCAGGACACCUCAUCCCAAGACAUAUCAUCCCAAAUACAACUCAUCCCAAGACAUCUCAUCCCAAGACAUCUCAUCCAAAGACAUCUCAUCCCUAGACAUCUCAUCCCAAGACAUCUCAUCCCCAAGACAACUCUUCCCAAGACAACUCAUCCCAAGACAUCUCAUUCAAAGACAUCCCAUCCAAAGACAUUUCAUCCCAAGACAACUUAUCCCAAGACAACUCAUCCCCAAGACAACUCAUCCCAAGACAUCUCAUCCCAAGACAACUCAUACCAAGACAUCUCAUCCCAAGAUAUCUUAUCCCAAGACAACUCAUCCCAAGACAUCUCAUCCCAAGAAAACUCAUCCCAAGACAUCCCAUCGAAAGACAUCCCAUCCCAAGACAACUCAUCCUCAAGACAUUUCAUCCCAAGAUAUCUCAUCCCCAAGACAACUCAUCCCAAAGACAUCCCAUCCAAAGAUAUCCCAUCCCAAGACAACUUAUCCAAAGACAACUCAUCCCCAAGACAACUCAUCCAAAGACACCUCAACCCAAGACAUAUCAUCCCCAAGACAACUCAUCCCAAGACAUCUCAUCCCAAGACAACUCAUCCCAAGACAUCUCAUCCCAAGACAUCUCAUCCAAAGACAUCUCAUCCCCAAGACAACUCUUCCCAAGACAACUCAUCCCAAGACAUCUCAUCCAAAGACAUCCCAUCCAAAGACAUUUCAUCCCAAGACAACUUAUCCCAAGACAACUCAUCCCCAAGACAACUCAUCCCAAGACUACUCAUCCCAAGACAUCUCAUCCCAAGACAGCUCAUCCCAAGACAUCUCAUCCCAAGAUAUCUCAUCCCAAGACAACUCAUCCCAAGACAUCUCAUCCCAAGAAAACUCAUCCCGAGACAUCCAAUCGAAAGACAUCCCAUCCCAAGACAACUCAUCCUCAAGACAUUUCAUCCCAAGAUAUCUCAUUCCCAAGACAACUCAUCCCCAAGACAUCUCAUUCCAAGACAACUUAUCCCAAGACAUCUCAUCCAAAGACAUCUCAUCUCAAGACAACUCAUCCCCAAGACAACUCAUCCCAAGACAUCUCAUCCCAAGACCUCUCAUCCCCAAGACAACUCUUCCCAAGACAACUCAUCCCAAGACAUCUCAUCCCAAGACAACUCAUCCAAAGACAUCUUAUCCAAAGACAACUCAUCCCAAGACAUCUCAUCCCUAAGACAACUCUUCCCAAGACAUCUCAUCCCAAGACAUCCCAUCAAAAGACAUCCCAUUCCAAGACAACUUGUCCCAAGACAACUCAUCCCCCAGACAACUCAUCCCAAGACAUCCCAUCCAAAGACAUCCCAUCCCAAGACAACUUAUCCCAAGACAACUCAUCCCCAAGACAUCUCAUUUCCAAGAAAACUCUUCCCAAAACAACUCAUCCCAAGACAUCUCAUCCCAAGACAUCCCAUCCAAAGACAUCCCAUCCCAAGACAACUUAUCCCAAGACAACUCAUCCCCAAGACAACUCAUCCCAAGACAUAUCAUCCCCAAGACAUCCCAUCCAAAGACAUCCCAUCCCAAGACAACUUAUCCAAAGACAUCUCAUACCCAAGACAACUCAUCCCAAGACAUCUCAUCCCAAGACAACUCAUCCCAAGACAUCUCAUCCCAAGAUAUCUCAUCCCAAGACAACUCAUCCCAAGACAUUUCAUCCCAAGAUAA